CCCACUAUCACACACAAACAAUAUAAAAGUAACACCAAAAACUCCCAAAACCACUCACCCCUCCUCCACCCAACACCUCUCUAGCUUCCACCCCCAAAAUUCCAAGCUCCAACCAUGGUGGAGAGGGAGCAAGCCAGACCCCUAGCCCCGGCCAGCGAGCGGCCGAGCAGCGAUGACGAUGAGACCGUUCUGGACCAAAAAGCCCUACGUCGCAAAAAAUGCAUCAAGUGCUGUGGGUGCAUAGCAGCCCUAUUGCUCAUCGAAGUGGUGGUGGUCAUAAUUUUGAUCUUCACCGUGUUCAAAGUCAAGGACCCUGUCAUAAAAAUGAACGGUGUCACGGUGGACAAGCUCGACCUCAUCAACGGAACCACGCCGCGUCCGGGCUCCAACAUGUCGUUAACGGCCGACGUAUCGGUCAAGAAUCCGAACGUGGCGUCGUUCAAGUACAGCAACACCACCACGACGCUGUACUAUCGCGGCACCAUGAUCGGAGAGGCGAGAGGGCCACCGGGACAGGCCAAGGCGAGACGGACCAUGAGGAUGAAUGUAACAGUGGACAUAAUCACGGACAGUCUCGUGACUAACCCUAGUUUGAGUAGUGAUUAUAAGUCCGGGCUGUUGACUAUGACCAGCUUCACUAGGGUUGGUGGGAGGGUCACUAUCAUGAAGAUCAUCAAGAAACAUGUUAUUGUGAAGAUGAAUUGCAGCAUGACUAUUAAUAUCACCAGCCAGUCAAUUCAAGAACAGAAAUGCAAGAGGAAAGUCAAGCUCUAGGGUAUGGUUUUGAUUAUUAUUAUUGCUGUAAUUUUAUUUUUGUGGAUUUAUAGUGAUCUUAAUUAGUGGAUUAUGAGAUUAACUAGAAUGUAUAAUAUGAUCCGGAUUGUUCUCUCUCUCUCUCUCUCUUUUCCUCCCCUUCUCUACUUGUAAUAUUGGGUUGUUAUAUUAUAUGAUCUUUUUUGUUUCUCAA